GGUUGCUUAUUAUUAUCAUAUUUAUUGAAUAAUAUUUAUUUGGUUGGUAACAUGUGCACUUAACAUUGUUUUGAAAUCGCAAUGUUUUCAAUGAAUCAGAAUACAAAAUAUUUCACAUCUUCUACAUAACAUACGAUCCGUCUGCAAGAUGGUGGUUUGGUGUCAUCUCAAUCCAGUUAAUCCGGUUCUUUAACAGAAAUAGACCAAAAUCAGACUCCAUCUAUUGCCAAAUAUGAUUCGUUUGAUAAGAUACAAUGGUUUGAUCCACAAGAAAUCUGUCAGCGUGGUCGAGGAUGUGGUCAGGAAAGGAUUCACAGUUGUGUACAAGAAGGCAAAGGCUACAAACAAGCCCGCUAAGAAUACUGUACGUCGUCCUUUCAAAGCUGGUGCAAGAAGAUCACUGUACAAGCUGAAGAGAUUUAUGAAGGCCAAUCACUAUCGCACGGACCUCUGCAAAGCCACGCUUCGCCGCGCCUCAGCCAUCCUUAGGUCUCAGAGGCCAAUCAAGGCCAAGAAACCUAAAGCAGCUGCAGCGAAAACAGAAUAA